GCUCUCUGUCAGAAGAAAAGGAGGAAGCGGAGUGAGAGCAGAGCAGCGCAGCGGCAGCUCGUCUACUCUGAAGGACAAGAUUACAAACCCCAAACAAACCAAAAGCUAGCUAUCAGCUGAUCGCAACCUCGCCGUUUACCGUGAAGCGACUUUGGCAACCCCAGAGACGCCAACAACUUGCGUUGGUUAGUUAAAGUAAAAAAUAAAGUCGGUUGCCACAGACAGUCGGAGAAUGGCAGACUCUGCGGCGGCCAACAGCGACGGGGAGGACGGACCCCGCGAGCCCAUGCGGGGCUUCGCGCGCCAAGGAGCCCUCCGCCAGAAGAACGUGCACGAGGUGAAGGACCACAAAUUCAUCGCGCGCUUCUUCAAGCAGCCCACCUUCUGCAGCCACUGCACCGACUUCAUCUGGGGUUUUGGCAAGCAGGGAUUCCAGUGUCAAGUGUGUUGUUUCGUGGUUCACAAGCGUUGCCAUGAGUUCGUCACUUUCUCCUGUCCAGGUGCUGAUAAAGGACCUGCAUCAGAUGACCCGAGGGCAAAGCAUAAGUUUAAGAUCCACACCUACUCCAGCCCGACCUUCUGCGACCACUGUGGCUCUCUGCUCUACGGCCUCAUACACCAGGGCAUGAGAUGUGACCACUGUAUGAUGAACAUCCACAAGCGUUGUGUGGCCAAUGUGCCGAGCCUGUGUGGGACAGACCACACUGAGAGGAGAGGUCGCCUCCAGAUCACUGCAGAGAUCAAGACUAAUGUUCUCACUGUUACCAUCGGAGAGGGCAGGAAUCUGGUUCCCAUGGACCCCAACGGUCUGUCAGACCCCUACGUGAAGCUUAAACUGAUCCCAGAUCCCCGCAGCGAGAGCAAACAGAAGACCAAGACCAUAAAGUGCUGCCUCAACCCCAUAUGGAAUGAGACAUUUAAAUUCCACCUGAAGGAGUACGAUAAGGACCGCCGUCUGUCGGUGGAGAUUUGGGACUGGGACCUGACCAGCCGCAACGACUUCAUGGGAUCACUGUCCUUCGGCAUCUCAGAGCUCCAUAAACAGGGAGUGGAUGGAUGGUUUAAGCUGCUCUCCCAGGAGGAAGGAGAGUAUUUCAAUGUUCCUGUUGCUCCAGAGGGGGAGGAGGGCAACGAGGAGCUACGGCAGAAGUUUGAGAGAGCUAAGAUUGGCCCAGACAAAAACAAAGAAGGCAAGGCGGCCAAUGCUGCAUCCCGGUUCGACUCCAAUGGCAACCAAGAUCGCAUGAAGCUGGCUGAUUUUAACUUCCUGAUGGUGCUUGGCAAGGGCAGCUUUGGCAAGGUAAUGCUGGCAGAGCGUAAAACGACAGAGGAGCUGUAUGCUGUAAAGAUCCUGAAGAAGGACGUUGUGAUCCAGGAUGACGACGUGGAAUGCACUAUGGUUGAGAAGAGAGUGUUAGCAUUGGCUGGAAAGCCCCCGUUCUUAACACAGCUGCACUCCACUUUCCAGAGCAUGGACCGUUUGUAUUUUGUCAUGGAGUACAUAAAUGGAGGAGAUCUCAUGUAUCAGAUUCAGCAGGUCGGCAAGUUCAAAGAACCACAUGCUGUAUUCUAUGCUGCGGAGAUAGCCAUUGGUCUGUUCUUCCUACAUCUAAAGGGCAUCAUCUACAGAGACCUGAAGCUGGACAAUGUGAUGCUGGACUGCGAGGGUCACAUUAAGAUAGCAGAUUUUGGCAUGUGUAAAGAAAAUAUGACUGAUGGAGUCACUACCAAGACCUUCUGUGGAACACCAGACUACAUAGCACCUGAGAUCAUAGCCUACCAACCUUAUGGAAGAUCUGUGGACUGGUGGGCCUUUGGAGUAUUGCUCUAUGAGAUGCUGGCUGGGCAGCCUCCAUUUGACGGUGAAGAUGAGGAUGAGUUAUUUCAGUCCAUUAUGGAGCAUCACGUCUCCUAUCCCAAGUCAAUGUCCAAGGAGGCUGUCGCUAUCUGUAAAGGGCUGAUGACGAAGCAUCCAGCAAAACGACUGGGCUGUGGUCCGGAGGGAGAGAGAGACAUCAGGGACCACAGCUUCUUCCGCUACAUGGACUGGGAGAAACUGGAAAACAAGGAAGUGCAGCCGCCAUUCAAACCUAGAGCUAGAAACCGUCGGGACACCUGUAACUUUGACAAGGAGUUCACCAAGAUGCCGGUGGACCUGACGCCGACAGACAAGCUCGUCAUCAUGAACCUGGACCAGGAUGACUUCCUUGGCUUCACCUACAUUAACCCUGAAUAUGUGGCACCUGGAAAUUAACACACACUCGCCACUCUGAUGGACUGAUAGAAAAGAGUUUUCAGAGCUGAUAGGAGGGCAAACUGGCACUAAAGGUGUAAUUAUUUUGUCUAUGUUCAGUAAAUGCAUUUAUUUUAGGCCAAUAGGGGUUUGUCCAAUGCUUCAGCACAAGAACAGUUUCCCAACAUCAAACCUUCACAAAAGACUGGACACCAAACACAACACAAGACACAAGUAUUUUGUCAAAAAUUACCCUCUGUGUCAAAUGUGCUUUGUAUACAGGAUAAUAUACAUGCUAGAUUUAUGGAAAAAUAUCAAUUCAGAAGACCACAUUUGAUUAUUUAUUUAUUUAUUAUAUUAUUAUCUACGCAACACAUUACAGUGAUAUGGCAGCCCAGAUGCCAUACACACCACACCACCCCAGUCUUGCUUGGCGGCUGAGCAAGCACUCCCUUUUCUUAAUUUUAUGCCAGAAUUAUAGUACAUAUAUUUUCUUGUCUGCUAAUGGCAUUAGUCAGCUUAAAUCUACACCAAACCUAAACUAUUUUCACUUUUCCUAAUUGAAGUAUUGUGGUACGUUCUCUAGUGUUGCUCCACAAGUUUAACUUCAUCAUUGUGGCAUCUCAAAACAAACCAUGGAAGGCAAGUAACUAAUCGAUGAAGUGAAACAAGUCUGAAUGGAUGCAAGCAGCAGGGUCAGUCUCUGGGGUGGGGUUUGCUUGGUGCAGUUAAAAUGACUGUUUGAGCAAUGUUGAAAGAAGCAUUGUCUUCUAGACAUAGCACAUCCUGACAUUGAGUUUUCAGUCCACUGUCCACACAAUGCUAAAUGCUUUUUCCAUGAUGAUGUUUUAACAUGGAGACAUAGACACAUGGGACCCAACAGACAAGAAAUGCACCCUGGUUGCUUCUAGUGAAUGUUUUAUUGGCAUUUUAAUGAUGUUAGCCUUUUUAUAUAUUUUAUCUUGUUACUCAUGUAAAAGAAUAAUAUUGAUACAUUUGUGAAGCCCUAAAACAGCAUGAAACUCUGCAUCCACACAUCCACAGUGUCAGAAGUAUCUUCUGCAGCCAUUUUCCUAGAGGUACACAGGCUAUGCCUCCACUGAUGGCUAUCUUAGAAUGCACCGUGAGUAGAGCUGCUGUGUAUCAGUUCAAUUUGUGUGUCUUGACCAUUGUUGCCUGUUUUAACUAGCCUGUGCACUGUCAUGGUUUGCACUGUGCAAGUGCUGACACAUACUCAGUCUGAGCGUCUCACACUGGGCCAUCAGAGAGAAAUAUGCCUAAUGAGCAAACUUCAAAGCCUGUCAAAUCUUUUCGUCCUUCUCGUCUUCCUUUUUCUUCUUUUUGCUCUUGCCUUCUCCUUUCUCCCUUCCCCCAUUCCCUGCGUUGUCUCUCCUUUGUAUUUAUUUAAUUAUUUAUUUUUGUUUUGGCUCUAAUCCGUUCUUCUGACAAGGCCUCACUGGGAGCCUAAUAUGACGUGGUGUCACAGGGUCAGCGAUGCGGCAAUCACUAGUGAAGCAUGCACACACACACACAGAUGCACACACAGAGAAUGAGAAGCCGCUUUCACAACCCCCAAGUGAUCAAUUUCACAAACAGCAAUAAUAACAAGAGCAAUGCUGUUUUUCUCAUCUAUUUAUUUUGCACUUCUACUUUUCUCACCCAUGUGUGUAUGUCUGUGUUGAUGCUGUGUUUUGUGUGCAUAACCAUAUGUAAGAACAUGUUUGUGUGUGCAUGUGUGUGUGUGCUUUAUGAGACUUCAAUGGAUGAAGCCAAUUAUUUCAAAUUCAGCAAAUCUGCCUUCCAGCUUCAAACCACAUUAUAUCCCUACACUGUACAAACACACACACACACACACACACACACACUCGUACACACGCACACGUGUAACAAGGCGGACAAUGACUGUGAAAUGUUCGCUCCCGGAGGCACACAGGACAUAUACUGUAGGUCCAUUACACAGGCCUAUAAUGUUUCCCCUUCUCUAAUCAGCACAGCAGUACUCAUGUAUAGCCUACUAUAAGUACAGAUGCAUAUAUUGUACAUAUACAUAUAUAUACAUAUGUAAGCAUACACAAACAUACACACAUGGGAUCCUUCCAAACUCCUUGGAUCUGACUCUGCAGUCCUGUUCUUUUGUUUGGAUGUUGUAUAAUUUUAAAUAUAAA